AUUUUCUUUAUAAGCAGCUCCCCUGGGUCCGGCAUGGCAGUCUCCCGUUGCCUUGUGGCCUCAGGAUGGAAAUCCGCAAGGGUCUCCACAGUUACCUAAUCUCUCUCCUCCUUUUCCUGUUUCAUUCAGAGACAGCCGGCCAUCCCUUGGGAAAAAGACCCUGCGAGAUGCAGGCCUUCAGAAUCUGGGAUAUCAACCAGAAGACCUUCUACCUGAGGAAUAACCAACUAGUUGCUGGAUAUUUGCAAGGACCAAAUACUAAAUUAGAAGAGAAGAUAGAUGUGGUGCCCAUCGAGCCUCAUGCUCUGUUCCUGGGGAUCCAAGGGGGGAAGCUGUGCCUGGCCUGUGUCAAGUCUGGUGAUGAGAUCAAGCUCCAGUUGGAGCCGGUGAACAUCACGGACCUGAGCAAGAACAAGGAGCAGGACAAGCGUUUCACCUUCAUCCGCUCUGACAACGGCCUCACCACCAGCUUUGAGUCGGCCGCCUGCCCCGGCUGGUUCCUCUGCACGGCGCUGGAGGCGGACCAGCCCGUCAGCCUCACCAACACGCCCAAAGAGGCCCUCAGGGUCACCAAGUUCUACUUCCAGCAGGACCAGUAGUGCCGCCCAGCCUCCCUGCCUCCGCUCCCAGCACAUCCAUGACUCCGGACACGCCUCUCCAUCCUGCCCCGGGGUCUCCCGGCUGUCGUGGGGCUCAGCGGGGCCACUUUGGCUGGGUGGACCCUUGGAAGGAGGUACAAGAGCCCUGGUAACAGGACUCUGUCUCCAGCCUCCUUCUCUAGCCCAGCCUCUACACUGCCUCCACAGAGGUCUUUCUAAAGUUCAGAUGGAACAAUGGCCCUGCUCAAAGCCCUUCAGUGUCACCUGUGCCUUCAGUCCAGGCCCCCCGGCCAGCCUGGAUGCCCUCUGCUCUCCUCUCCCCAGCUCCUCCUCCCCUUUCCUCCACCGUCCAUACCCCAGAUCCCUCAUCUCCCUCCAAGUGGCUCCCAUUCCUCAUUUUGCCAACUGGUACUGCUCCAUGGGGCAAAAUUCUUAGAGUCUGUGAUAAAAUGGAAAAUAAGGAUUUCUGGUACUUACGCCAACUUUAAAAGAGAGUCUGUUAUCUGGAGAGUAUGUCCUUUCUAGAAGGGGAUGGAAGAUUAAAAUAUUCUUGUGUUUGUGAAAUGAUGGUGAACGGAGGAGGGAGAUUUUCCUUUUUUUGUGAUGCCCUAACCUGUAAAAAUGAAAAGUUAGCAUACUAGGCUGGUCCCCUAGUUUUUUUUUCCCUUUCUGCAUUGUUCCCAGAAGUGUAGACCCCACUGCCCGGGCCCCGAACGCCCUCUCCACUCCAGACCUCUUGCCACUGCCUGUGGUGCUGGCCCCCAACCCCACCCUCCCAUCAGAAGUCCCCCAGCUCCAAAGGCACAGCACAGAUGUGGCUUCCCCUGAUCUCCCCGGAGGAAUGAAUCGCUCCUUGACCACUUUAGACACUCUGAGACUUGUCUGGAAGGUGUUGUGCCUGUCUGUCUCCCUACCAGCCUGUGAGCCCCUGAGAGCGGGGAGCGUGACCCCCAUGGUCUCAGGUCCCCGCAGGGCUGAGCCCAUGGCCCGGCCCUCAGCAGGUGCUCAGUGAACGUGUGUUGUAUGUGUUGAGUAGAAAGUUUCCUACUCCCUGUGACUUAAGCUCUGUUUUACAAUAAAAACUUGAAAACUCA